AUGGCAAGCGCUUAUGCUUAUCUGUUCAAGUUUAUUAUCAUAGGUAGCUCUGCGACUGGAAAAUCUUGUUUGCUGCUGCGGUUCACGGACGAUCGUUUUCAGGUGACGCACGAUCUCACGAUAGGGGUGGAGUUCGGGACGCGCACACUGACCGCACGAAACGGACAGCGUGUAAAACUUCAAAUCUGGGACACUGCUGGGCAGGAGUCUUUCCGAUCGAUCACGCGGUCAUAUUAUCGAGGCUCAGCCGCAGCCUUGCUCGUUUAUGAUAUCACUCGCCGCGAAACGUUCCUCGAUGUCACCAGCUGGUUAAAUGAUGUGCGCGCUUACGCGACGCGAAACACAACGGUCGUGCUGGUUGGCAACAAGAGCGACCUUGAAGAUCAGCGACAAGUCGCACGCGAAGAGGGUGAAGCGUUUGCGCGUAACCAUGGGCUACUUUUCAUCGAAACAAGUGCCAAAACGGGUUCCAAUGUUGCGGAAGCGUUUGCAAUCGCAGCUGAUGCGGUACUCGAGCGAAUCGUUCGUGGUGAACUCGAGGGCAACAUGGAGCAAUACGGCGUUCGGAUUGGAACAGGAGCUGGCUCCACGAAUCGCCCUGCAGUGGUUCAGCUCGAACGGGGCACGACUUCGUCGAGUACGCGGCGCUCAUCGACGAAUUGUUGCUAA